CGAGGCGACUUUUCUUUCCUGCAGGAACGCAGACCGGCUUCGCGGUUCUUGAGGGUGAAAUGUAGAACGCUUCCUACUCUCCAGGUUCUUGGGUUGGCUGGGGACACCCUGUGGGUAAAUUUGAGAAGGGUAAGAAGGAGUAAGCAAUUUCAAUAUCUUCAUCCUCUAAGGAGAAGCUAAUGAGGAAGUCAGACUGUGAAGGUCAACUAUUGUGAGAGGAAAUGAACAACUGUAGGCCGUGACUAUUUAAAAAAAAAAAAAAAAAACAGGGAGAAAAGAAGUAGGCAAAAUUGGGGAGGGGGCCGGGGGGAAAGAAGGACUAGUAAAGGAAAACCACAAGAAAGAGGAAACAGUACGUCGCGCUGAUUGCUGCUUCUCCUGUUGCUUCUCUCACUCCCUGCAUCCGCAGCGAUCCCCACCCAGCAAGGAGCUAAAACAAGUUUGCAAACGCGGCCUUCGGCCUGAGCAAGCGGGCUCCAAGUGCAGAUCCACGAAGAGAAGCACCCGCUUCACCCUUCUCCAUUGGCGCCGCGGUCGUUCUUACCCCUCUCCUGCUGACCGACGAGAGAGGGCAGACGGCGGGAUGGGAAGCAAUAGCUCUGGAGGACACCCCAGGAUCCCAGAGGGCUCGGGCAGCCGGCAGCUAACUCUCUCUCUUUUUCUGGCAAAACCUCCCUCCCUCCUGCACGCUCCUCCCGGAAAAGAAAAAGGAAAGAUCGAACCUUUAAGCCGGCCUUGCUGCCACCCGCCUCUUCCUGGGCCAGCUAAAGCAGAAAGGACCGUUCUGUGAUUCACUGGACAAAGGGGGAGGAGGCAGCAGAGAAGUCUCAAGUGCCAAAAAACUAAGUGAGUUAGCUGACAGAACGCGCGCGCUCGCAGGCGCCUCCGCCGGGUGCACCGACUCCGCAAGGAGACCAAGUGGGCUCGGCGUGGACUGGCUGCCGGGGCAGGGACCCCGCUCAGUCCCCACGCCCUCCAGCGACCCCGGAGGACUCGUUGCCCGAAGUUCCAGAGAAAGGAGUGGUUAGCGGGAGAGGAAGAUCAGGAAACUGGGCUUUUUUUUUUUUUUUUUUUUUCCUCACUUCGCCGCCUGAGGAGUGUCGGGAGAUUCUCAAACGCCUCAAAUGGACCGGGAAAAAUAAAGCGCCCUGGAAAAGUGGAGAAAGUGAUCCGACAGCCGGUCCAGAGCGAGACGCGGCGGCUCAACUUUCCCAGUGUUUUCCAGGUAAGUGGACCACUGGGUGCACCGUCGAUCCCGCAGCCAACAGUGCUAGCGCGCCCUAGAAAGCCUCGGCCCCCAACUUUGAGGACGUGUGGGUCAUGAAACUUACUGUCCUGUGUGAUUCUCAAUUCCUUACUUGAUUUUUUUCAUUGGAGAACUCUUCAGUGGAGACAUUAACUUCUUUGGUAGAAGCUGCUCUAGGGAAUGAAGGAGAGAGGAAAGUGAAAUCUGUUGGAGAAGAGUGACUCCUCCUUAGGUUCCCGAAGUCCCGUCUCUUGGACCAUCACUUCUAAAAGAGAAGGAUUAAAGUUGUUGGACGUGUUGACAGCUGCGAGGGGCACAAGACCUCAUUUCAGGUGAAGACCCUCCACAGCCUGUCCCGUCUACCCCUCUGUGUGCAUGUGUGCGCCGGCCGCGGCGGGGAGUGCGUGCUUCUGCGCUUGGAGCUUCAGCUGGGACCAGAGUGAAUGGCCCCCAGGGUCUGCGCGGGGCCGCCGCCUCCGCCGCUUCCGCAGGUCUGGGUCUGGCCUGGAAAGAUGCUAGCCAUGGGAGCGCUGGCAGGCUUCUGGGUCCUCAGCCUCCUCACCUAUGGUUACCUGUCCUGGGGCCAUGGCUUGGAGGAGGAGGAGGAAGGGGCCAUGCGAGCUCAAGCUGGAGAAAGAAUGGAGACCAGCACAACUGCCACCUCCCAGCCCCAUCUCAUUUUCAUCCUAGCGGAUGAUCAGGGAUUUAGAGAUGUGGGUUACCACGGAUCUGAGAUAAAGACACCCACUCUUGACAAGCUCGCUGCCGAAGGAGUUAAACUGGAGAACUACUAUGUCCAGCCUAUUUGCACACCAUCUAGGAGUCAGUUUAUUACUGGAAAGUAUCAGAUACACACCGGACUUCAACAUUCUAUCAUAAGACCUACCCAACCCAACUGCUUACCUCUGGACAAUGCAACCCUACCUCAGAAGCUGAAGGAGGUUGGAUAUUCAACACACAUGGUUGGAAAAUGGCACUUGGGUUUUUACAGAAAAGAGUGCAUGCCCACCAAGAGAGGGUUUGAUACCUUUUUUGGUUCCCUCUUGGGAAGUGGUGAUUACUAUACACACUACAAAUGUGACAGUCCCGGAAUGUGUGGCUAUGAUUUGUAUGAAAAUGACCGUGCUGCCUGGGACUACGACAAUGGCAUAUACUCCACACAAAUGUACACUCAGAGAGUACAGCAAAUUCUAGCUUCCCAUAACCCCAGAAAACCUAUAUUUUUGUAUAUUGCCUACCAAGCUGUUCACUCACCACUGCAAGCCCCUGGCCGGUAUUUUGAACAUUACCGAUCCAUUAUCAACAUCAACAGGAGGAGGUAUGCUGCCAUGCUUGCCUGCUUAGAUGAAGCAAUCAACAACGUGACCCUGGCUCUGGAGACAUAUGGUUUCUAUAACAACAGCAUUAUUAUUUACUCUUCAGAUAAUGGCGGCCAGCCUACGGCAGGAGGAAGUAACUGGCCUCUCAGAGGUAGCAAAGGAACGUAUUGGGAAGGGGGGAUCCGGGCUGUUGGCUUUGUGCAUAGCCCACUUCUGAAAAAUAAGGGAACAGUGUGUAAGGAGCUUGUGCACAUUACUGACUGGUACCCCACUCUGAUUACACUGGCCGAAGGACAGAUUGAUGAGGACGUUCAACUGGAUGGAUACGACAUCUGGGAGACUAUAAGUGAAGGUCUUCGUUCGCCCCGAGUGGAUAUUUUGCACAACAUUGACCCCAUAUACACCAAGGCGAAAAACGGCUCUUGGGCAGCAGGCUAUGGGAUCUGGAACACUGCAAUCCAGUCAGCCAUCAGAGUGCAGCACUGGAAACUGCUGACAGGAAAUCCUGGAUAUAGUGACUGGGUUCCCCCUCAGUCUUUCAGCAACCUGGGUCCGAAUCGGUGGCACAAUGAGCGAAUAACUUUGUCAACUGGCAAAACUAUAUGGCUUUUCAACAUCACAGCUGACCCAUAUGAGAGAGUGGACCUAUCUAACAGGUAUCCUGGAAUUGUAAAGAAGCUCCUACGGAGGCUCUCUCAGUUCAACAAAACUGCAGUGCCGGUCAGGUACCCCCCCAAAGACCCCAGAAGUAACCCUCGGCUCAAUGGAGGAGUCUGGGGACCCUGGUAUAAAGAGGAACACAAGAAAAAGAAGCCAAGCAAAAAUAAGGCCGGGAAAAAGCCGAAAAAAAGAAAGACAAAGAAGAAGAAACAACCGAAAGCAGGCUCAUUUCCAAAGUGCCAUUCAGGUACUAAUCGUGGAUAAGUACAAAUUUUCUGCUGUUAAAUCAAUUUUUAGCCUUUCCCCUGUUUUCUAGGCAAGCCAGCAAAUUUAGCUCAAUAAUAUCACUGCUGUAGCAUCAGACAUAUUUUCAUGUUGUGCCGUGCCAGAGACUUCUGCGACCUGGACAUCCACGGUGGAGAACUAUUCUACUCAGGUGCCAAAGGUGCUACUCAUGUAAGCCACACUUGGAGGAGAAUGGAGGUGCUUACUUCUGUCGCUCUGUUAUAAAAGGUGGUCGAUAAUGAGUUCAACUGCUGUGCUUUAGUGAAUUGACCAAAUACAAUGCUUUAAAUUGUAAGAGGGGACCAGAACCUACAAGGGAUGAACAUGCUAAUUUGAUGGACAUUACAGGAUAGCAUGAUUAAAAACUGUUUUUAAUAAAGUGUAGUCAAAGGAUAUAUCACCUCAAACACCUUGAAAAAGAUAUGUUCUUAGUGAAUUUUUGAAUCUCAGUCAUAUGAUAAAAAAAAGGUUCUUAAAUGAAUUUAAUUUCAUGUAUCUUUUUUUUUUUCCUGUGAAAAUAAGAUGGUUUUCUCACACGUGAACAGCUUGCACCUCGUAUUUUCAUGCAUGACAAAAUGGCAACUCAGAAUGUUUGAGCACAUUGCCAAAUAUGAAUGUAACUAUUUUCUAAACACUUUAAUGGAAUGACGUUUCAGCAUUGAAUACAUAAUUUAUUUUUACAGAAAAAAAUUAUUUUGUUAUAAAAAGUUAUGUAAAUGACUUUUUAUUAUUUUAUUCCUAUUUUCUGCAUACCAUUAGAGUUUUAUUUCAUGUCUUCAAGAUUAGCAGACACUGUAAAACUAUAAAUUACUGUAGUACUGUGUGAAUUCAUAUAUUAGAAAAAGAAAAUUACUCAGAAAAAAUUACAGUCAUCAUUGUUCAACCAUUACUUUGAAUGUAAUAAGAUGAAUAUUUUCCUUACUAAUUAUUUGAAAAUUGAAUAUUUGUAUAGAGCUGAGACAUCUUUAUUGUUUCUAGCAUAAAUGCUAUUUAUGUAGCUAUUAAAUUGAUUUUAUUUUAUGGCACUAGCAAAUUUAGUUUGGCUUUUCUGAUCUAACGUCUAGAUAAAAUUGUAUUAUUCAUCUUAACAAACAGCAGUCUUUGUAAAUAGGAAAUUGAAGAUAUGGUGUGCUAACUGCCACAGUAGUAUAAUUUGGACUUUGCAAAUAUGAGAUGUAUUUCCUCGUGGCUACUGCAUGGAGAAAGAUGUUCACUUGUUAUUAAUAAAUAACUUUUAUAAUGACCCUACUCAAAAACCAAGUGAACACUGUAAGGACACACAGAGAAAUGUAAGAUAGGGAUCCUGCCUGGAGUAGUUAAAUAGCUGGUUUGGGAGCUCACACAUGAAAACGUCAUGAGGAGGGCUCAGGGAACAUCAUCUGUAAUGAAGUUCAUCAAGGGUCAUCAGCGAGUGUAAACAGAUGUGAUUCCUGUUGGCUCUAAAGCUUCCUUUGUAAUGCCCUCUCCUAAUAAAAGGAACAGUGGCUUCCACGUC